AUGCCCAUGGACGCGAAGGAGGUCGAGUCCCACGGCCGCGCCAUCACAAAGGCCCAGGCCGCAGGCGAGCCCGGUUCGUCGCUCAUCAAGCUUCUCGAUGAUCUGCAUACCGGCGUCAAGGCCACCGAGGACCUGCUGCGCUCGACAAAGAUUGGCAUCAUUGUCAACAAACUCAAGACCAACAAGGACCCCAAUGUCGCGAAGAAGGCUAGCGAGCUCGUCUCCAAGUGGCGCGCCGACGUGAAAAAGGCCGGUGCCGACCGUUCCUCAACCCCGAAGACGCAGAAUGGGACCCAGUCACCCGCCUCCCAGGCGGCUGCUUCGCCUGUGCCGGUUGCGAAGCCCAAGCCCAAGCACAACGUCCCGCUCGACAAGCGCAACGUUGACACCGACGGCGUGGAAUGGAGACUUACCGGCAGCGCUAUCCGCGACAACUGCCUGAAGAUGAUGUACAACGCCUUGGCUUUGAACGUUGAGGAUGCUGCCAAGUCCGUUCUGAGCGUAGCCCGAGACGUCGAACUCGCCGCGUACAACAAAUACCAACCAGAAACCUCAGCCGCCUACAAGGAACGUAUGCGCUCGCUAUUCCAGAACAUCAAGAACAAGUCCAAUCCUGGACUGCGCAAGCGCGUGCUUGCCGGUGAGAUUCCUCCGGCCAAAUUCGUCGUCAUGUCAAGCGAGGAACUCAUGUCUGCGGAGCGUCGCGCCGAGGCGGAACGACUGGAGAGGGAGAACAUGAACAAGGCUAUGGUUGCUCAGGCGGAGAGGAGUAUCAGUAGCAGCUUGACGUGCGGCAAGUGCGGUCAGAAGAAGGUCAGCUACAGCCAGGCCCAAACCCGCUCUGCCGAUGAACCUAUGACGACGUUCUGCGAGUGCACGGUUUGCGGCAACCGCUGGAAGUUCUCCUGA